AUGCAGCGUGUUGCAGUAUCCGGUGCCUUCGCGGCCCUUGCCUACCAGGCUGCCGCCGGUGUCGUCGCCCCUGCCCAAGACGCUGAGCUGAACUUCGUCGACCAGAAGUGGGCUGACGUGACUGUUGGUGACGCUUGGCCCGUCAAGUGGUCUGCUGGCAACGGCAACAAGCUGUCUCUCACCGUCAAGAACGCCACCUGGGAGCACAAGAUCUGCGAGGAGGAGGCCGCCCCUGGCGAGUACGACUGGAAGGUUGAUGUCCCCCAUUGCGGUGCCAAAUACACCUUCGAGGUUCAGCAGGAUGAGUGCGAGACUCUCGAGUCUCCCGAGUUCGAGAUCAAGUGCAAGGAGGGCGAGACCGAGUGGAACGAUGGCGAGUGGUCCGACAACGGCGAGGAGGAUGCCUCCAAGAUCAUCGUUGUUUACUACGAGGAGGACUGCAGCUGCACCAAGAGCAAGGCAACCGCUGCUCCUACUCACGGCAAGCCAUCGUGGUACGACGACGAGCUGAAGUGCACCGUCACCUCUGAGGGCCCAGUUCCUACCGGAUGGGUUGAUGCUUCCAGCCCCGUCGCCCCUGCGCACACUUGGGCGGAUGCCGCCAAUGCUUCCGCAGCUUGGGGCGACAACGCAGCGCCAGCCACCACCGGUACUGACGCUGCUCACACUUGGGCUGAUGCCCCAGUUGCUCCGGCCACCACUGGUACCGACGCUGCCCAGACCUGGGCCGAUGCACCAGUUGCGCCAGCGACUGCCGCUACUGAUGCUGCCCAGACCUGGGCCGAUGCCCCAGUUGCGCCAGCGAGUGCUGCCCCAGUUGCCCCUGCAGCGGUGAACCCUGGCAAGGGUGGCAACGGCGUGGCUGACUACACUGGUGCCGCCAGCCAGCUGACUGCCUCCUUCGGUGCGCUUGCCGCCGUCUUCUUCGCUGCCCUCGCUCUGUAA